AUAUAUAUCAUUCGUUGCAGUUUAUUUUGCUACAAUUAUUGGAAUUGCAGAAAGUGCAUUUUUAUUUUUAGUGCUAUUAGCAUUUAUAGUAUUUGAAUUUGUACACUUUUUACGACCUGAAACUAAAGUUUCACUAAUUUAUCCAAGUUAUUCAUCUGAUUCAAAUGAUCCUUGGAAUUUAGCCACCACAUAUAAUUCCAUAACAUUGAAUAAUGAUAGCUGCGCGACAUGUACCUCUUCUGAUGGAUCGGAGCAAAGGGAGUUUCCGGACACUCAUAAUUCACGUGAAUUUGUACAUACCAAUUAUCCAGAUAUCGCACGUAUGUUCAUAUGUCCGAAUAAUUUG